AUGGAUAUUGGGCAGCGGCCAACAAAACACUUGAAUAGCAGCAUCAAGAACAACAUGGUACAGUUUCUACUCAAGCACAGCCAUGAUGGAGUGCUCGCAAGAGGGGCUGUUAUGGAAGCAGCAGAUGCAUUUGAAGUUAGUAGGAAAACCGUGUACAGGGUAUGGAAGGCAGCAAAGGAGCUGGUGCAAAGGGGAGAACCUGCAAUUAUGCAAGGAAAGAUUAAAGGAUACCAUCAUGCUGAUCAAUUAAAAAUUGAUGAAGAAAAGGUUAGAAACUUAACUACUCUUGAGAGAGCUUCACUGAGAAAAAUGGCUGUCAAAUUAAAUGUUAGCAAGAGCACAUUAGGUCAGUGGGUAAAGCAUGGUAAACUAAGGCCACAUACAAAUGCAAUCAAACCUGCACUCACCAAUGUCAAUAAGAUAGCAAGGGUUAGAUGGAGUCUUAGUCAACUUCAGCCACAAAUUACUCAAGGUAGAGUUCCAUAUCAAAGCAUGCACAAUGUAGUGCAUAUAGAUGAAAAAUGGUUCUAUAUGACCAAGGCCUCAGACAGGUACUACCUCUUGCCGGAUGAGGAUGAGCCAUAUAGGGCAUGCAAAUCCAAGAGAUUCAUAACCAAAGUUAUGUUUAUGUGUGCUGUCAGUAGACCACAUUUUGGUAUGGAUGGGCAGCCAACAUAA